GCUUUUCAUUUAGGAGACACAGGGAGAGAGAAGGGGCAGGAGACGGCUGCCUGCACCUCAGGUCUGGACUGCUCAUCUAGAAUCCUGGCUCUUAGUUAUACCUUCCUGCCUGACCGAGGACCUCUGCACUUGGAGGAAACUUGGCUCCUAAUCUCUGCACAAUUGAUCAAGAGCGGGGACUCUGAAGAGAUGAAAACAGGGAACAGAGAUUAAAACAGUGGAAAGGUAGUUACUGUCACUUUGUCAGAAGACCCCACAGGCCUGAGGAGCGAUGCGACAGGCAUGAUGGAGGUCGAGUCCUCCUACUCGGACUUCAUCUCCUGUGACCGGACAGGCCGUCGGAAUGCAGUCCCUGACAUCCAGGGAGACUCCGAGGCUGUGAGCGUGCGGAAGCUGGCUGGAGACAUGGGCGAGCUGGCACUCAAGGGAACAGAAGGACAGGCAGAAGGGAGCACCCCGGACAAGGAGGCCAGCAGCCAGCCUGAAAGCAGCGAUGCGACCACCUCAUCCUGAGUCUGCCGCUGGCCCCAGAGGCUGAAGGAGAGACCUGCUGUCCCCUCCCAGGACUGGAGCCCUGGCACUGGCCUAGUGGCCUCUUCUGUGAGCCCAUACCCCAGGCCAGCCGGCCCAACUGAGAAGCCCCCGGAGACCUCUGAUACUCUGGGAAGGCCCUCUGCCCAAACCCACAGGCUCCACUCUCCCAGCACCUUCACACCGUGCCGGGCACAUUCUGAAGACACUGUCACCAUAGGAUGUUAUUUAUGCAGCUGGGCGAGGCUUGAGUCAGGCCCGGCCCACCAGCUGAGCAUCUGGACAGGGGCCUUGUCCCAGCACCAGCCUCAUUUCUAACCCUGGCUUCUUGGGUCAAGUUCUUAGUCCUUUUUUUAAAAGUACUUUUAAACUUUUUAAAAAUUUUAAAUCUUUUUUCAGCAGAGAGGGAGGGAGCUGACAAAUCACUUGUUUUUUUUUUUUUUUUUUUUUUUUUUGGAAGCCGUUUUAAGCUCAACUCUUGACCAUCUAUGCAGCUCUAUGGUUCCCUCAUGGGGCAUCACAGAUCCAUUUUAGGGAAAGGAUUUUGGCUUAAAACCAACUGACCAGUUCUUUGCUCUUUCUACCAAGAUGAGUGAUGCGUAGGCCCCAGCAAAUAAAUGCUGAUGAUUUGUG